AUGAGAAAUCAAUUUUGGAUUUUUCUAUUUUCUUUGCUUCUACUAAAUUUCUCCUCCCAAGCUACAAGGCCAGUGGUACUGGUACCGAUCAGACCAGAGACACCGAUUCGACCACAAGGGAACACGACGUUCUUGGACGGAACAACAUGGUGUGUGGCUCGACCAGGUGUGUCUCAAGCUGAGCUACAAAGAGCUCUUGACUGGGCUUGUGGGAUUGGUAGAGUGGAUUGCUCGGUCAUUGAUAAACAGGGUGAUUGUUACGAACCGGACACGAUCGUAUCGCACGCAUCUUUUGCGUUUAAUGCGUAUUACCAAACUAAUGGGAACAAUCGCAUUGCUUGUUACUUCGGUGGGACAGCUACACUCACCAAGAUUAACCCUAGCUAUGGAAAAUGCUCCUAUGAUGUAUCCAAAUCGGAAGUCUCUGCCGCAAGAUCACUAUCGGAGUACAAACCACGGUGGCUACGGCUGAUUUACAUAGGAGUUUUGUUGUUUUUCUUUCGGCGAAGCUAA